AUGAUGUACUAUCAAGAAGACUACUAUGCCAAUGAGCAACAACAACAACACCACCAACACCAAGAAGCAACCGCAGCCUACAUGGUGGAUCCAUUCAUGCUGCAACAUGCACAACAACAGCAUUAUCCAGCCACUGUAAAUGAGGAUAACACCUACGAACUAGGAUUGGACCUUGCUACUGGUACUACUACAUCAUGCUUGUAUUCCAUGUCUUCUUCGUCACCAUCGGUUCCUGAGCAAUUGCCUUCGCCUAUUGAUGCAAGCAUGGCUAUUGUACCUCCUCCAGCUUUGGAUUGUGAUACGUUGACAUACCCACCUUUUUAUUCGCCUGAUCACAGUACGGUUCCUUCACCUGUCAACGACGGCUUUGACUUUUUCACGUCCUCGUAUUCACCUCCUAUGCAGGAUGACUUGCCAACUCCUCCUCCACUUUCAGGAUUUCAUCAUCAUCAAUAUGACGCCACUACCACAUCAUUGUUAUUCGAUACCCCAUACUCUCCUCCAGAAUCACCUAUUGAUACCCAAUGCUUUGCCCACGAUUUGGGAUGUCACGAGCCAUCUACAACAACUUCUCCUAUUGUGGCUACCACUAUUACCAAUGACACCACCCCUGCUCCUUCAAGAGCAACAACAACGACCACCACCAACAACACCAUUGAUGACUCUCGACCUUUUGCUUGUCCAAUGUGCUCUCGUGCUUUUAAGCGUAAGCAUGACCUUCAGCGACAUGUACGUGUGCACACAGGAGCCAAACCCUAUGCAUGCUUGUGCUGCAAAAAGGCGUUUGCACGCACAGAUGCUCUUAAACGACAUUUGCGCAUGGAAGAAGCAUGUCGUACAAGCCCCGAGAUUCAAGCAAUGAAGUGUGCUGGCAAACGCCGUUAUCGCAACCUGUAA